GUGAAAUAACAACCGAAGGUGACUGAUCAAUAGUGAAGAGCGCUGUCAUUCCGUCUGACUUCAGCUGCCUGAAUGAGAAGCAACGCGAGCAGACAGGCAGAGGGGACGGCUCUGAGGAGCCGGGAGAGCGCAGGGAAGGCGGCUGCUCUUUCUGGAACAGCAGCUUAUCAUCACGCGCUCGCACUUAGGUGCUUCAGCGCCCUCUCUCUCUCUCUUACACACACACACACUCUCUCUCUCUCUUUCAAUCUCUCUUAAGCAUAACGAAUUUAUGAAAAAAAGUUAUUGCAAUAAUGCAUCCACCAAGCCAUCUGUAAAUGCCGCGCAUAGCCUGGGGAAGAGCUUUGGGUGGCUUCUGAUACAAGCCCAACUGUAUUGUGCCUUUUUUUUUCUUUUUUUGAUGUGGUGUCUGGCUUUGCCUGCGCUGGUUGGACACUUAAUUCUUAUUUAAGGCAAGCUUGAUAAAGCUUCAAUCUCCCCUCACCUUGUUUUCCCUAUCAAGUCAUGUCUGAUUCGGAGCGAUGGGUAAGAUCGACGACAACGAAAGGAUAAUCCUCAACGUUGGAGGCACCAGGCACGAAACGUACCGAAACACGUUGAAAACCCUGCCGGGCACCCGGCUGGCACUGCUCGCUGCCGACCCCGAUUCAGACUUCGGAGUGGACCAGCAGCAACAAGUCUCCGGCUACAUCGAGUACAACCCGAAGAACAAUGAGUAUUUUUUCGAUCGCCACCCGGGGGUUUUUGCCUAUGUGCUUAAUUACUACCGCACGGGGAAACUCCACUGCCCGGCAGACGUCUGUGGACCCCUCUUCGAAGAGGAGCUGGCUUUCUGGGGUAUAGAUGAGACCGACGUGGAGCCAUGCUGCUGGAUGACUUACAGGCAGCACAGGGACGCCGAGGAAGCGCUCGAUAUCUUCGAUAUCAGUGGGGAACCGGGGGCGGCCGAAGGGGAAGACGAAGACUUGAAUAAGAGAUUGGGCAUCGAGGACGUGGUUUCACCUGAUGGGAAGGUCAGCCGCUGGAGAAAGUGGCAGCCCCUGGUGUGGGCGCUGUUUGAGGACCCCUACUCUUCAAGAGCAGCAAGGUUCAUCGCUUUUGCCUCCUUAUUUUUCAUCCUUGUCUCCAUCACAACCUUUUGCCUGGAAACCCAUGAGGCUUUCAACACCGUGAUCAACAAAACUGAACUAAUAAGGAACGGGAGCAUCAUGGAACUGAGUACACAGUUUGAGAUUGAGACCGAUCCAGUGUUAACUUACAUCGAGGGAGUCUGCGUAUUGUGGUUUACAUUUGAAUUUCUUGUGCGUAUCAUAUUCUGCCCUGACAAGCUUGAAUUUGUCAAAAACCUCCUUAAUAUCAUUGACUUUGUGGCAAUCUUGCCAUUUUAUCUGGAAGUAGGGCUGAGUGGACUGUCCUCCAAAGCUGCUAAAGAUGUAUUGGGCUUCCUCAGGGUGGUAAGGUUUGUCAGGAUUUUGAGAAUUUUCAAGCUAACCCGCCAUUUUGUGGGCCUCCGAGUGCUUGGGCACACUCUUCGAGCUAGUACUAAUGAAUUUUUGCUGCUUAUCAUAUUUUUGGCUCUGGGAGUUUUAAUAUUUGCCACCAUGAUCUAUUAUGCUGAAAGAAUAGGAGCAAGCCCAAGUGAUCCAACUGCCAGCCACCAUACUCAGUUCAAAAAUAUCCCCAUUGGAUUCUGGUGGGCAGUUGUGACCAUGACCACCUUAGGAUAUGGUGAUAUGUACCCUAAGACCUGGUCAGGAAUGUUAGUAGGGGCGCUCUGUGCAUUGGCUGGAGUGCUCACAAUAGCCAUGCCCGUUCCUGUCAUCGUGAAUAACUUUGGAAUGUACUAUUCGCUAGCCAUGGCAAAACAAAAGCUUCCACGUAAGAGGAAGAAGCACAUCCCUCAAGCUCCUCAGGGUGGAUCUCCCACCUACUGCAAGAUGGACCUGAACAUGGCUUGCAAUAGUACCCAAAGUGACAUUUGUCAUAGCAAAGAACACAGGCUGCUGGAACACAACCGAUCAGUGCUGUCAGGUGAAGAAAGUGGAGGAAGCGACCCGCCUUUGUCACCAGAUCAAAGGCUCCCAAUGAGACGUUCUAGUACCCGAGACAAAGGCAGAAGAGGGGGAACAUGUUUCUUAUUGACAACAGGAGAUUACUCAUGUUCUUCAGAUGGAGGGAUCAGGAAAGGGUAUGAGAAAUCCCGAAGCUUAAACAACAUAGCUGGUAUGGCUGCCAAUGCUCUGAGACUGUCUCCAGUUACUUCACCCUACAGUUCUCCUUGUCCGCUGAGACGGUCUCGCUCUCCCAUUCCAUCAAUCUUGUGAUAGCGGACUGGAUCAGCGAGCCUUUUAGUAGUAAUGCCUUUGGAUUAGAUCUCAUUUGACCCAACGCUAGCUGAAAAUAAGUUGUGCAUGUUAUAAACUGUAAAUAUUAUAUUUCUGCUGCAGUAAAUGAAUGGCCCAAAUGUUCCUUUUAAACGUUAUUAAGUGCUUCUGAUUUGUUUACUGAUUGCCCUGGAUCACUUCUGGCAAUAAAAGGACAUAUAGUAGGUCUGUUUGGCCAGUAUGCUAAAUAUGAAAUUUAUUUUUUAAUCAGGGAUGCUAUCUAUAAAUCAAAAAAGUGCUUCCAGAUCACUUUGUUCUGAAUACAGCUGGACUCUUGUUAACAUACACACACACACACACAUACAGACGCUCACAAAUAAAUCCCACUGUGACUAGACACUGAACAUUACCUUCUAUUGACUUUCUGUUUGUUUGUUUUUGCUUUUUUCUUUUUUUGUGUUUUUUAUUUUUUUUUCUCUCGCAUGGAUGGUCUUGUCCCAUUGUCUAAUGUUUCAGAAAGUUUGCCAGGGUGUCAACUGCCCUUGAUCUGUUUGUGCAUUGUGCCAUUUGUCAAAACAAAAUGCAUAACUUGACUGUUUUUGCAUGUGAAGAUACUGUAUGUAUUUGUUGCUGGUAUGCUGUACUCCUAAGAAAACGAAAACUGUGGCAGGGUCGCCAACUGAGUGUUUCCGGUUGUUUACAUGCAGAUAACUGCAGAGAGCUUGUCAUUACUGGGUACAUGCAAGCAGAGGGAAGCUCUCUUUCUUAAAGGCUGAGGGAAGGCACACACAUUGCAGAAAGGUAACAUUGGCAUCCUCCAGUAGCUUGCCUUUAUAAGUAAUCUAGCCAGCAAGAUGAUAGCUCUGUUUAGCUGUUGUGAUUUUUGCAGGGGGUAAUUCAACACUUUUCCCUUGACCACAAAGAAAAGGUCUUUAUAACUUGUCCAUCACUCUGAUCUCUCAAGGGAACAAAAAAAAAAAAAAAAAACACCUUUCAAGGACUCCUCUGUCUUUUUGCAGGACCGUGCUCUGAUCUAUUUGAUAUAUUCUAUUGAAAACUUCAGGAAGAGGCAGGUAACAAAGUGGACUUUACUGAUUAUCGUAAACUCUUUUUUCUCUUCAUUCAGUGAUAAACAUUUAUACCACGGGACAUAAACAAGAGCUCCAGACCACCACACGGGAGAUUUAUGUAGCUGUUCUAACUGUUUAAGAUGCAUACCUGUUAAAGAGUACUUAGUGGUUAUGGCAACAGCAACAGUGUUGCUUAGCAACCAACCUACUCCUGACAGAGACUUCCAAUACCACAGUGGCCUAUUCUGAAGGAAUGGUGCGAUCACUGUUUACUCUUCAGUAAGUCCAUGAAACAUGAUGCCAAAUGAAUAUAGGUUUUUUUUUUUCCUCUCCUUGUGUAGCAGAAAAUAUCUGGAUAUAUACGUAUGUAUAUGUAUAUUUAAGUCAAAAAGAAGAUGUAAUGUAGGCAAAUAAAUUGUUGAAUUACCCCUUAUGAUAAAAAUGUAGGUCAAAAUAUUUAAGUAUCACGUUCAAAAUUAUAUAUAUAUGUAUAUAAAUAUAUGCUGAGUGUGAUGAGAAUAAUCCUGCUAACAAUGAAUUCAUGGUAAUUGAGUGAAUUGAACAGGUAAGCUUUAUUACAAAAAAAACCAAAAUCUCUGCUAAAUGAAUAUUGUGUGAUAACAUGUCUCAUUUGCUGACCAGUGUUCAGUAAUGUCUUACCUAUGGCCAAAGAGUUACUAAAAACUUAGAACAUUUCAUUUGUAGCAAACAGACAGCCACUACCCUAUUCACUAUUCACCUAACUUCUGGCUUUCUCCUAAAAAUGAAGCAUGCCAGGAAAUUCCAAACCAAUUGGAGCUGCUGCCUCACAGAUUCAGCGUCCUGACGUUAAAAAAAAUGAAAACCUGGUACCUGUUGCUGUGAAGUUUGUCUCCAGGUGAUUGAGCUGCCUUCCCACAUCCCACAUCCUUAUAGUAUGCAGGUUAGUUUGAUUGGUAAUUCUAAAUUUGCAGUCAGGGUACGUGUGAAAGUAGACCCAGUCACAGACCACAACUCCAUCCAGGAUUGAUUCCUGUCUUGUGGCCAUUUGUGUUGGAAUAGACUCCAGCCACCAUAAUCCUGAGUUACAAGUCUAAUAUGGAAUAAUCAACAAAGGAGCAUUUCGUUAAUAUUAAUUGAGGAUAAUCAAUGAUGUAACUGUGUAUACAUUAUUUAAAACAUUGUUACAGAAUUCACUAAAAUUGUGUAUCACACCUGGCAUAUUAUUUAUAUAUAAUAUAUACAGGGUGUCUCAAAAAUAUUUUUUUAACAAUACAUUGAGUAUUGAGUAUUUUUACUCAACUACAUUGAGUAGUACAGGAUAAUGUUAUAUUUCUUAUAUGCAAUCAACUAGUGUGUGGCAUACAGUGAACAAUAACCAAUAUACAAAAUUUGUACACAACUGAAUUUUUUUCAAAUUUUGAUUGAGAGACAACAUUGCGGCCAACUAAUUAACCACAAGCUCAAUAAUACCACUUCUGUUCACCGUUUAAAUCCUUCACUCAAAGGAUGCCGGUCCAUCAAAAUCACACCCGCACUCAAUUUGCUAGCACACCAAAGAUAAAUUCUCAGAAGGCACACCAAACACAUGCCCCUGAGAUUCCAAGAAGAGCUUGUGGUGUAACACCCUAAGAGACCCUGGCACUAAUCUGAGGAAUUAAGCCCUAGAGGAGGCCUUAUUGAGGAACCCACAAGGGCUUGCAUUUUAUUGAUCUGAAACUACAUAAUCAGAAGUGUGUAUUUAACUCAACCCAAGUAGCUAAUAUUAAGAAAAAAAAACACACCACUAUACUGAAGCUUAAAAAAAUAAAUAAAUAAAAUAACACGCAAAAAGCAUAGGAAUACAGUCACCCAAAAAGCAAGCUCUUUUAAGAUAAAGAGAAAAAUGGUGGUCUAAUAUACGUCACAAAAGCUGAUCAUUUCAUAAACUUUUUUUAUCAACAUCAACAUAUACACAUCAACAUUUGCAUGCCAUACAUUCAUCAUGCAUGUGCUCACCCAUGCUCUGCAUAUGCAUGAGAGCUGCCAUCUUUAAAGUCACAUCAUAACAACACUGAGUCAUGGAAGGCAUGUGACAGGGAGACAACAAAAGAAGUAUGCAGUAAAACUACAAUGUAAUCUACAUAAAAAGAGCAGGCGGAUGCACUUAAUUAUUGGUUGAACCAAACACUCACAGUGUCAAUUUAGAGUCAACAUUCAAAUUAUUUCAAUUUCCUUAAAAUGUGCUCAACUGGCUGGCUGCACAGUUGGUUCCACAAGAUUCUAAAAUCAUCUACAAACAUUUACCAACAUUUCUUCUAUGAUGCCAGAUGUUCGCUGCUUUCACAACUCAGCUAAAAGUGACUCAAUUCCAAUUUUUGCUUCAUAUCCAAUUUUGGGUUGGACUGUUUUAGUUAAUUUUGCAACCAAUCCAAAUCCGAUGUGAGUGAGCACAGAUUGCUCCACAAAAUUCAGAAAAAUAAAUUUGUUAGACUGAAAUGACCUAAUAGCAGCCAUUUAAAGUUGCUCAUCUUCAUCAGCAGCCAUACUACCUGCACUUCAGAACAGAUCAUCCACCUGAAGCUAAAUAUGUGUGGGCCCAUCCAGGUCUUGGGGAAAGCUUGGGUUGAUGCUGGGAAAGGCCUACAAGGGGAGCUAACCCUGUGGACUGUGAGUGGAUCCCAAUGCCCCAGUGCAGUGACAGGGACAGUGUGCUGUAAAUAUGGCGCCAUCCUUCGGAUGAGACGUAUAACUGAGGUCCUGACUCUGUAGUCACUAAAGAUUCCUGGGCAUCUUUCAAAAAGAGUAGGCUUUAUCCUAAUGUCUUGGCUAAAUUGCAUCACGUUAUUGUCCAUUCUGGACCCCUAAUCACCCCUCAUCUCUAAUUGGCUAUCUCUCUUUCACCCUUUCACCACUAAUAGUUAAUGUGUGGUGAGCGUACCGGCUCAGUAAUGGCUGCCUUUGUAUCAUCCAGGUGGGUACUGCACAUUGAUGGUCAUUGAAGUGGCUUCCUUCUGUAUAUGUAAGGUGCUUAGAGUAGUGAGAAAAGCACUAUAUAAAUGUAAUUCAUUAUUAUUAUUAUUUAUUAUAAUACACCAUCAUCAAUAUAUUGUCUGCUGAGCUACUUAACAUUUUUUUUCAGUGUAGAACAUCUGCAAAUUUAUCAGCCCAUGAUAGCAUGGUAGAAAAGAGAAAACGAAAGAUCAUAGGUGUUGCUUUGAGCUCAGUUAUCACUGUCUUACCUGUGCAUAGAGACCUAUGGACACGAGAGGAGCUACGUCUGAUGGGGGAAAGUUGUAGAGGGUUUUUUUUGUUUUCAAGUUCUUUACUGACAUUAAAUAACAACAAGGAAAAAGCUUGAAAAAAAAACUACAAUUUUAAGAAUCAAACCCAUUCCAACCCCACCUAAUCGACUAAAUAUUUUCCCCACAGCAUUGUAAAUAAACAACAAAAGAAAGUACAAUAACAAAAACAACAUCUAUCUAUCUAUCUAUCUAUCUAUCUAUCUAUCUAUCUAUCUAUCUAUCUAUCUAUCUAUCUAUCUAUCUAUCUAUAUAGCAUGUUUUCAUACAAAGUAUGUAGCUCAAAGUGCUUUACAGAAUGAAAAAAGAAAAAAAAAGAAAAAAUCUAAAAAUAAAAUUAGGCAAUAAUAAUUAACAUAGAAUAAAAGGUCUGAUGGCCUGAGAGGACAGAAAAAACAAAACAAAAAAAAAUCUGCAGGGGUUCCAAGGCCACAAGACCGCCUGGACCCCACUAGGCAUUCUACCUAACAUAAAUAAAAUAUGAAUAAAUAAAAGUAUGACCAGAAAUGGCCGAGACGAUCAGAGUGAAAUCCAUCACACCAAGUGGGCCCUGUGAAAAGGAGUUAAAGAAAGCGAUCAAAGAAGAAAUGUUAAGCAUCAAGGGCACAUCCAAUCCUUAACUUGUUUCACCCCACAUUUCAAUCUCUGAAUACUUAGUUUGGAUGACUGAGUAACGACUUCUGUGGAGAGCUCAAGUAGAAGUAAGAUUUAUGACCAGUGAAAGAAAGAGAAUGAGCAGAUUUCCAGUGAUAGGCUAACAAAGAUUUUGCAAGAUUAUUGCCUAGCAGCAAUGGCCUCUGCUGGAAAGAAGUGAGGGAGAUAAGGGCAAAUCUAAAAGAAGGAGUAACUGUGGCAGAAGAAGUUUAUUAGAAGAGAGAAUGGAGGACAGAAGUCUAGUGGCUGCAGAGCAGAAAACCUUUACCGGUGAACUGUCCCAGAACAUAUGCAUAAAUGUGCCUGAUCUGUACCCAGAUCUAUAGCAUUGUGUUUUUGAAGUGUGGGAUAUAAAUGAUGUAUAUAUAUAUGAAUCGGAUGUACUAAUAGUUAGGAUUUUUUGAGGAAAGGGUGACAUUUUUAAAAAAUGAUUUCCAAGAUUUUGCUGCCAUACUCAGAACAUUGGCAGUAGGCUAGAGUAUUUGAUGCCUUACAGAGAGUCAAAUGCAAGGUAACCACUUCUCUCCUAGUAAUUGAAAGUGAAGAGAUGUGGAGGGUUCUAAAGCAAAACAGUAGUCUGAUAAUUUCAGAAUGUUGAGGAAAGUGAUCGAUAACUUGUGUCUUCCAUCCAUAAAACUCACUUUGGAAAAAUACACACAAAGUGUGCCAUUUCUGUCUGAAAACACAUAGCAGUUGCGGGGCAUUGGCUGACGACUGUCACCUCAGAUGCUUAUUAAGUCCACCAUGUUGUUUUAUUUCCAUUGGCAUGUUGAUUUGGAGCUGUAAUCCAUCUUGAUUUUUCAACGCAGAGAUGCAACAAUGGUUGCAUUAACACAGACUAAAAUUAAUGGUGGAGUGAACUUUCAGACAAUUCUGAUUCAAGCAUUAAAACAUGGGGCGCAUUCACAAUUUAUCUUUCUGUAUUGGAUUUAGUGCAAUAUAGAAAAGUGGUGUAAAUCUGAAUGUGAUCUAAAACGUUCUGAAUCCAUGUGCUUUUUUUGCCCAAUCACACUAAUAAACAAGCCUUAUGAUGGACUGGCACCCUGUUCAGGGUUUGUUCCUGCCUUGCGAUCUACGCUAGCUGGGAUAGUUUCCAGCACAUCCUGUGACCCUGUUCUGAAUUAAGUGGCUUCGAAAAUUACUAAUAAACAAGCAUAUGGCGGUGUAGACAGAAUGAAAGGACAUAAAGUGUCCCCAAGAGCGUCAAAGUGUCGCAAGUAAGAAUUUCAUUGUUCUCUCUACAUGUGACGGGACAAUACUAAUACAGCUAUUAUUUCCCACCAAUUUUUUAAAAAGAUAGUGUCAUAAAUGAGUGGAAAAAUUGGAAUUGAGCUCCAUUUCUUAUAUUUCCCUACGCCUGUGAUCAUAUCACCAUGGCAGUUGAUGAGUGAGAUCUUGCUGUUCAUUUACUUUUUCGUGUGACUACUAAUGCCAUGACGGUUUUCAUGCCUUCAGCUAUUUUCAGUUUUUUCAAUAUUUUCAAAAUGUGCAAAUGUUUUUUAGACACCCUGUAAGUAUUUAUGCACACAAGUAUUUUUGAUAUAUUUUGUGUGCUUAAUGAGAUACGGUUGUUGUUGUACAUACAGUAUUUUAUCCCUAUAGCAUGAAUCUGCAUGUCAAGAUAAGAUUAAAUAUAUAUGAUAAUGAACAAAUUUACAUUUCUGAUAUUUAGAGAUGUCCAUUAUUGACAUUUUGUUGGUAUUCUCAAAAGAAAUAGUUAACACUGAAAAGAGACUUUACUUACCAUAACAUUGGUGCUGCUAUUAUUAACUACAGUGUUAUAAAGCAUUAAUCGUGGAUAAUGACUGCUCUGAUGUUGGACAUUGAGUUUUAACCAUAUCCCAAGGAGUGUUCUGGAAGAGCAUCUGCCCUUAACCUGGAACUCACCUCAGGAGAGGGUCACCUGAAGGACUGGCCUUUUGUGCCCAGCCCGACAAGCUGGUGACACAUCCUCAGAGUUAAAGUGAAGCCUCUGUCUGUGACUGGAAAGACUAAAUGAACAUUGUAAUACCUAUAGACCUAACCAGUUGGAUUUACUUGUAAAUACCACACCUCAGAGGAGCCCACACAGCUCUUUAACUGCGCUUUAAAGAGGAGUUUCAUUAUCUGGAAUGAAAUCAUCAUUGACACUGUGUGUUAGAACCUCAUGUUCUGUUGUGAGAUGAAUAGAAUUUCUGCAAUAAGCCUACACUGUAGUGCUGUAGAUGUAUUUCAAAAGCACAUUAUUAUAUAUCCAAGUGCUAUGAUAAAUAAAUGUGAUAUUUAGCCAUAAUUCAUUUACUAUUUCUUUUAGUAUUAUUGUGAUGUCAUUGAUCUCGUGUGCUGUAUUUCAAAAGAACAAUUUGUGGGAAAUGCACCAGUACCCCUUACGGAGAAACACUGCAUAAGAUCAGAAGGUUCAACCGAAAUAUUUGUAUGUAUCUGUUUAGCUCUUUUUUAAAUGGGGGUGGGAUGGAUAUUUUUGAUAAACAAACCAUAAAAAGGCAGCAAAAAGCUGGUAUUUGAUUUUAAUCAUUAUAUUUUUAUUACUGGUCCAUUGGAUAUGUCAAAAACAACAAACCGCUGCAAGUCAUUUGGUUGUUUUAAAAACAAUAUAGUCAGUGACCUUAUGUAUGUUGACUGCGCAAUGUAAUCCAGCAAGGUAACAACAUUCUUGUGUGACAUUUGUUCUUUUUAAUUUAUUGCAGAAUUGCUAAUGAUCUUUGUCUUAUAAAAGCCUACCUGUAUAUCUGUUUAACACUUAUGCAAAGUCAUGCAGCAUACUCCGCCAUUUCUAGACAAUGGGUAGAAAUUGUGCACAGUUAAUGCUUGAUAUUUCAAUUCAGUUUCUCCGAUACUGAACGGUGGGAAAAAUAAAACUGUUCAGAUGUAACUUGUUGACAA